AUGGCUGAGGAACGAGUGUAUUCAGAUUCUAGCAACCUUGCUUUUGACAUAUCUACCACUGCUGCAGGUGAAGGAAAUGUUGCUCCACUUGACCCAUUAACCAUUUUUAAUCUCCUAGAGAAAGUGGCGGGGAUUGUUGAUAGUGUUAAUGAGACUCAACGGAAAAUGGAGCUACAGCAACUGGAAAUAGAAAACACCGUUAAAGAGAUACAACUCGAUGUUGCAAAACUUAAUAAGGCUCAUUUGACCACAGAUAACACAGUUGCAAAGUUGCUGGAGAAAACCCAAAAAAUCAACGCCAAUGUUAAAGAUGUGAGACAGCGACUGGAUAAAACCAAUGCUCAGGUCAAAAAGGUUGAAGGAAAUCACCGUGAGCUGCUCAAAAGGAAUAAAUUCCGUGUGGUCAUUUUCCAGGAAGAAAAUGAAAUGCCUUCCUCCGUAACGUAUAAAAAACUUCCUAACGAAGGGAGUGCGGCUGCAACUGAGGAGCACACUUCAACAGCAGCCACACCACCACCUGACCUCUCCUCUGACGAAGAGUUUGUUUAUCAUGAAGAAACUGCAGCCACGCGUCUCAAGAAAUCAGGCAUGAAGCGAGUGGACGAUAUCAAGAAAGUUUUCUCAAAAGAAAACAUGCAAAAAACCAAACAAAACUUAGGGAAGCGGAUGAACCGGCUGAGUGCAACAAUAGUCUCCCCAGACCAGAGAGAGAAGAUAAGGAUUUCAGGAGAGAGAAUCAAAAAGUCCAUUGUCGAUUCAAAACCUUUCCAUAUGAAUAUAAAAAAGAAAAAUGAAAGAAGCGGGGCAGAAGGGCAAGAGGUUGCUGUCAAAAGUGUGGGAGAGAGUUCCAAAGGCGAGGUCACUGGUACAGAAGCAGCAGCAGAUGUUAACGCACCAGCACCUCCUGAGGUUAGUGAAGACGGUCUCCCAAGCACGGGUCCACAUGUCGCCAAUACAGAAACGGUCGUUGUAACAAUGGAAGCAAAAGGUGAAGAAGCACUAUCUGCAGUGGCAGAGGGGAAGCGGAGUCCUGAGUUCAGUUAA